AUGUCUCACGAAGAAGAUCUCAUUGAUUAUUCCGAUGAGGAGCUUCAGGCAACUGAUGCUGCUGCAACGUCCAUAGCCCCAACUGGUACCAACGGCGCUGCUCUUAAAAAAGAGGGUGACUUGACGGUAUCUGGCGUGAGAGCCGAUAAGAAAGGAAGUUAUGUUGGUAUUCAUUCGACUGGCUUCCGCGAUUUCCUCCUAAAAGGAGAACUUUUGCGUGCGAUCACCGAUUGCGGCUUCGAACAUCCAUCGGAGGUCCAACAAGUUUGCAUCCCGACUGCUAUUCUGAAUGUCGAUGUUCUGUGCCAGGCUAAAUCCGGUCUUGGAAAAACUGCCGUUUUUGUUCUCACAACACUUCACCAACUGGAACCAGUUCCUGGCGAAUGCUCGAUACUUGUUAUGUGUCACACCCGAGAGCUGGCAUAUCAGAUCAAAAACGAAUAUGCCCGGUUUAGUAAAUAUCUUCCAGAUGUGAAGACUGCCGUUUUCUAUGGUGGAACUCCAAUGCAGAAGGAUAUUGAAUUGCUCUCUUCGAAGGACAAUUAUCCCAACAUUGUUGUUGGCACCCCUGGCAGAUUGAAUGCUCUUGUUCGUGACAAGAAACUCUCCCUUCGAAGCAUUAAGGCGUUCGUUCUCGAUGAGUGCGAUAAGAUGUUGGAUCAAAUCGACAUGCGACGUGACGUUCAGGAGAUUUUCCGUGCCACCCCAGCUGACAAACAGGUUAUGAUGUUCAGCGCUACCCUCUCGCAGGAAGUCCGGCCCAUUUGCAAGAAGUUUAUGCGCAAUCCCCUCGAGGUGUAUGUUGAUGAUGACACUAAGCUGACCCUCCAUGGUCUUCUACAAUACUACAUUAAGCUCAGCGAAUCAGAGAAAAACCGAAAGUUGAACGAGCUAUUAGAUAGCCUUGAGUUCAACCAAGUCAUCAUCUUCGUUAAGAGCACCCAACGUGCGACCGAGUUAGAUAAGCUUCUUCGUGAAUGCAACUUCCCCAGUAUCGCUGUCCACUCCGGCGUUUCCCAGGAAGAGCGCAUCAAACGAUACAAGGAGUUCAAAGAGUUCAACAAGCGUAUCUGCGUGGCAACGGACGUUUUCGGUCGUGGCAUCGAUAUUGAACGAAUCAAUUUGGCCAUCAACUACGACUUGCCCGCGGAUGCGGAUUCCUACCUUCACCGUGUUGGUCGUGCUGGUCGUUUCGGUACCAAGGGUCUAGCUAUCUCUUUCGUAAGCAGCGAGCAAGACCAAGAAGUUCUCAAGGACAUCGAAAAGCGAUUUGAAGUUGCCCUUCCUGAAUAUCCCGAAGGCGGCGUCGACUCCAGCGCUUAUAUGGCAUAA